AGUCGCCGGGGAGGGUGUUGCGCGGGCGAGUCGGGUUACACUAGCUCAGCCUGCCGGGGAGUGACACCCGCGCGCGCCUCGCUGGGAGCACCGGGGCCGGGUCUCUGAUUCCGGGGGAGGCAGAGGCUCCGCCCUGGCUGGAAGAACUAGAACUAGGGUGCGCCUGCUCUCUGUCCCCUCGCGCGAGAGGAUCAAUCUCAGGCUAAGAAAUGGCAUUUCAAAAGGCUGUAAAAGGGACUGUCCUUGUUGGCGGAGGUGCUCUUGCAACUGUUUUAGGCCUCUCUCAGUUUGCUCGUUACAGAAGGAAGCAAGUGAAUCUGGCCUAUGUUGAAGCAGCAGGGUCCCUCGCAGAACCUGUUAACAGGGAACCACCUUCCAGAGAAGCUCAGAUACUGACUUUGCAAAACACGUCUGAAUUUGAUAUCCUUGUUAUUGGAGGAGGAGCAACAGGAUGUGGCUGUGCACUAGAUGCUGUCACCAGAGGACUAAAAACAGCCCUUGUAGAAAGAGAUGAUUUCUCAUCAGGGACCAGCAGCAGAAGCACUAAAUUGAUCCAUGGUGGAGUGAGAUAUCUUCAGAAGGCUAUCUUGAAGUUGGAUAUUGAGCAGUAUAGGUUGGUAAAAGAAGCCCUUCAUGAGCGUGCCAACCUACUUGAAAUUGCUCCCCAUUUAUCAGCUCCAUUGCCUAUAAUGCUUCCACUUUACAAAUGGUGGCAGUUACCUUACUACUGGGUAGGAAUCAAGCUAUAUGAUCUGGUUGCUGGAAGUAAUUGCCUGAAAAGCAGUUAUGUCCUCAGUAAAUCAAGAGCUCUUGAGCAUUUCCCAAUGCUCCAGAAGGAUAAACUUGUAGGAGCGAUUGUCUACUAUGAUGGACAACACAACGAUGCACGGAUGAACCUCGCCAUUGCUCUCACCGCUGCCAGGUAUGGGGCUGCCACAGCCAAUUACAUGGAGGUAGUGAGCUUGCUCAAGAAGGCAGACCCCCAAACAGGGAGAGAGCGCGUGAGUGGGGCCCGCUGCAAGGAUGUGCUCACAGGGCAGGAAUUUGAUGUGAGAGCCAAAUGUGUUAUCAAUGCUACCGGACCUUUCACAGACUCGGUACGCAAAAUGGAUGACAAGAACACGCCUGAUAUCUGCCAGCCGAGUGCUGGAGUUCACAUCGUGAUGCCUGGCUACUACAGCCCAGAGAACAUGGGACUUCUUGACCCCGCCACCAGUGAUGGAAGAGUUAUUUUCUUCUUACCCUGGGAAAAGAUGACUAUAGCUGGCACUACCGAUACCCCAACUGAUAUUACAAACCAUCCAAUUCCUUCGGAAGAAGAUAUCAACUUCAUUUUGAAUGAAGUGCGUAACUACCUGAGUUGUGAUGUUGAAGUGAGAAGAGGGGAUGUCCUGGCAGCAUGGAGCGGUAUUCGCCCCCUCGUUACAGAUCCCAAGUCUGCAGAUACUCAGUCGAUCUCCAGGAAUCAUGUUGUUGAUAUCAGCGAGAGUGGCCUUGUCACUAUAGCAGGUGGAAAGUGGACAACAUACCGAUCUAUGGCAGAAGAUACUGUCAAUGCUGCUGUCAGGACUCACAAUUUGAAUGCAGGACCAAGUAGAACAGUUGGGCUUUUCCUUCAAGGGGGUAAAGAUUGGAGCCCCACACUCUACAUUCGGCUUGUCCAGGAUUAUGGUCUUGAAAGUGAGGUGGCACAGCAUCUUGCCUCCACCUAUGGUGACAAGGCUUUUGAGGUGGCCAAAAUGGCAAGUGUGACUGGAAAGCGGUGGCCCAUUGUUGGAGUGCGUCUUGUUUCUGAAUUUCCAUAUAUUGAGGCUGAGGUAAAAUACGGGAUUAAGGAGUAUGCCUGCACUGCGGUAGAUAUGAUUUCCCGUCGCACUCGCCUGGCCUUUCUAAAUGUCCAGGCAGCAGAGGAGGCCCUUCCUAGGGUUGUUGAGCUGAUGGCCAGAGAACUGAAUUGGAGUGAUCGUAAGAAAGAGGAGGAACUUGAAACAGCCAAGAAGUUUCUGUAUUAUGAAAUGGGGUAUAAAUCUCGAUCAGAACAGUUAACAGAUCGCUCUGAAAUUAGUCUACUGCCUUCAGACAUUGACAGGUACAAGAAGAGAUUUCAUAAGUUUGAUGCUGACCAAAAAGGUUUUAUUACCAUAGUUGAUGUUCAACGUGUAUUAGAGAGUAUCGGUGUCCAAAUGGAUGAAAAUACACUGCAUGAAAUUCUGAAUGAAGUAGAUUUAAACAAAAAUGGACAGGUUGAACUCAAUGAAUUUUUGCAACUGAUGAGUGCUAUUCAAAAAGGAAGGGUGUCUGGAAGCCGGCUUGCUAUACUAAUGAAAACUGUAGAAGAGAACCUUGACAGAAGAGUUCCGAUUCCUGUGGACCGUAGUUGUGGAGGAUUGUGAGUCUGAGCAGUAAAUCCACCGCCAACAAACAUAGAAAAAACUGUCACCAUGUAACAGCCAGAGAUAACUUGCACCACUCCAAAACUGUGGUUAUGGAUAGCUGCCUUUUUAACACUGGGAAACAUUCCAAAGCUUUAGGAAGUUGGUGUAUAUCCUUUAUUUGUAUUUGCCAUUCAGUCUAGCUUCUAAAAAGUGUUUUAUCUUUUUUUCUCAUUUUCAGUGUGCACUGAUUUGAUGUUCUAUAUCCAUUUUGUGACCUGUUAGAUUGGACAUUCUCCUUUUUUGUUUGUGUGUUCAUUUAUUCUAAAUCAGUUCUAGAGGCAGAAUAUUUUGGCAGAAAUUGAAAGAAGAAGCUGAAUAAUGUUGUGACAUGCACAACCUCUGUACAUUACGCUUGUGGAUGGCAUUUUUUUCCAAAAAUUAGUGGAGUGGGGGAUGACCACUAUUGAAAUGAUGGUGUUUCUGGAGCUCUCCCAACCCCUUCUUCCUUCAAAAUAAUUUUGCACGAUUAUAUACCUAGAGUAUGACUGGCAUAACUGGAGAGGGAAGAAAAAGUUUAGGUAUAACUUACAGGAGCAAAUCUCAAAGCAACUUUGAAAGCUUCCAGAAUCACAGGUAUGAGACAAGGAGAGCAUUGACAUUUGCUGGGAGUUACAGUGAUAGUUUCAUCUCAGCAGUUCAUUUUUUUUUUCCAGUCACUGCUGGUUUUCUUUGACUAUUAUAGUUGCCAAGAAGAUCCUUGCUUUUCUUACUUUAAAACCAGCAUUCAAGUGGCAUGUUGCGUGUAAUGAGAUGAGACCGAAUUUCUCAAAUCUUUACAGUAGUAACAAAUUUAAGGGUUAAAAAUGGGCUUAUAUAUCCAUAUAUGAUAACACAAUUUUCAGUCUCCAAAUCCUGAUUUAUGGAGCACGUGGUAUUGUUAAAAAUGGUCUAUUUUGAUUAGUUUACAGCAUCAUUUUUUUGAGGGAUAUUUGCAAACAGAUAGUAAAAAUCUAUAAAAAUAGAUUUUAGUUAACUUUAAUUGCAAUUGUGUAAGAAAAGCAAAAUAUUAAAGGUCAUUUUAGUCUUUGCCUUUCUAUCCUCAAUGGAAUUUUACUUUUUAAAUAAAAUUAAAAAUCAAAAUCUCACAUCCACCCCCACAGACACCCCUGAAGUCUGCACUGAAUUUAAUAAGUAAUACAUUGAAAACUGGGGAUGCUUUUGCUAUGUUUUGGUGGUAUUUUAACUAGAGUCAUUUGAAUAUUUAUUCAUUAUGCUUACUUUUGUGAAUUCAACUACUUUUUUGUUUUGUUUUGUUUUUUUAAGAUCAGGUUUUAUAUAUAACAGGAAAUACAACACUUUAUUUCACAGCAGAUUUCCAUUGUGCAGACUUGAGAUCUUAGUUUUUAUGCUGGUACAUAAAACACUUUUGUGCUGUUAUUUCUAUUUAUGCCAACAUUGUCAAAAAUCUUUAUGCCUCAUUCAAGUGGGACAUGAGCCUAUAUGUCACAACAUAAACACUGGAGAUCACUCACCUAAGCCCCCACCCUCACUCCCAGAACAAACCAACCACAGGGAAAGACUGCAUCUUAACUCAUUUUAUUUUGAAGUGAAGUUAGAUUCUUGCCACUUUCUAGAGGAAAACCUAAGACAGGGCAAGUGAUUUCUUCCAGGUAUCACUGUGAACUAUAUCCUUUCAAGGUGUGACUUUUUUACUUGGCUUUUAUUUUUUUAACAAUAAAUGGAUGCAUGUAGCUUUGCAAUUUAGUGGUUUUCUAUCUGUACAAUAAUUUCACUGUUUAGAACUCGAUGACACGCAAUAGAUGGAAGAUCUGUUUUUUCUAAAACACCCUAAAUGAUGUACCCAUAAUAUUGUACCUUUGUGCUCUCUCUCUCUCUCUUUCUAGUUAGAUCAAGAUAACGAUGGCUUGUAUCCUCCCUGAAUCAAUUACAGUAGGGACUGGGCUUAGAAAUCCUGGCUGGCCUGGGUGGAUCUGUUUGUGAAACAGGCCUUGUUUAUGCACGAUUUGCUAUGAGUGAAGUUACUUUAAGGAAAAAGAAAAAUGCAUUUUUCUUCUUUUGAACAUAUUUGCUUUUGCUUGUAAUCUGCUAAUUCCAAAAUAUGUGCUCCUUCACCAAUCCCAAAGACUCAUCUUGGAAAUGAGCUGGUUCCAAGCCUUUGCUGUGAACGUAGUAUCCCAACAUUUUAGAGCAAGUUCUUAAUUAAGCCUUUCUAGCUUCUUAACGUGAUUUAAGAAGAGGAGGGGGGGGGGAGAGGGGGAAUAAGCCCAUUCAAAAACCCAUUCCAAGUGCAAAAGAAUAUUCUUUUUGCUUUUCAUAUAAAUGUGAUAAUUCUGUUGGGGUGGUAUGGGAUAUGCUGGGAUUGUCUUUUAUCAUCAUAUUUAUUUUAAGAGCCUUGAAGGGGAUUCAGGUGAAGGAACCCCCAUCUGUGGUGGAGAGUUGGAUAUUUCUUUAAGUAGCCCCCACCACAUCAUAAUAAUUGUGAUAAUGCUGGAUUAUUUGUGAAACCAAGGUUGUUUGCCUUGUAUCCAUCAUGCUACUUGCAAUAUUCUUGCUUUCAAUCAAUUUUUACUGAGCACAGUUUUAGGAUUUCUGCUGUUAAAUGCAUGCUCCUUAUUCUGCUUCAGUUUCUCUGGCUUUGUUUUGUGUUUCACAAUAUGUAGCUUCCUCUUUUGUACAACAAAAAUUGCAUCCUGACUUUUACUAAAUACACUGUAAGGGUGAUCAUUGAUUUUAUUUCCCUCUUUUUUACGCAUUUGUAAAGAUUUUUGGUAUAUGAAUGUAAUAAUGGUGAAGUCAAUUGAGCUAUUAACUUGCACUGUUUUUCAUUAUAUCAAUCCUUUUUAGGGAGUGCAAAAGCCCUACUGUGUUUUUAAAGAAUAUCAAGUAUAAGCUCAAUACUGGUGUGGAUAUACACACUGCAUGUUUUCAUAUGUGGCACUUUUAUGUAUUGUGUUGGGUUAUUGUUCUAGAUUGGACUGUUAAAUACUAUGUUUGAGGCUGGGUUGUCAUUUUUAUAAGUCUUGGUGUUUUAUUGCCAUUAUUUAUUACUUUUGAUAUACAGAAUGAGCUGCAUGCAUUUAUAGAGCAAUAAGAGGAUGUAUUUAAUGUGCCUUGUUUUUAACCGAAUAAGAACUGAAAGCAUGAAUCAAUAAAACUGAUUAAAAUGGUCCAUUUGCUGGCAUUUUGAUGUUACUGGCAGUCAGAGAAAUAACUUUGAUUAGUGUUGAAGUUUAAAAAAAAGUUUGAAAAUAUUUUCGCAAACUGUAUGUUUAAUGACACUUACACAUUAAUUCUUUUAGCUUGGAAUUCUGUAGUUUUAUCUUAAAAGCAGAGUCUCUGCAUGGGCAGAUGUAAUUUUAUGAGACUGCCAGGAUUAUUUGGAUUAAUUUGUUGUUGGAGCCUUUAGGGCACAGCUUCUGUGUUUGUGAAAUCCUAUUCUAAAA